AUGAAUAAGGUCCUGGUUCGAGUAGAUGGUAGAUUUAGGCUGGGAGAGGUUUUAGGAUCUGGCUCCUAUGCUGUCAUGUAUUCUGCACAGAAUAUCAUCAAUGAUGAUAAUGUUGCCCUCAAACUCGAAACCGUUGUCAACCACUCAUCUUCUGUGGAGCGUGAAUACUGGAUUUUGAAACAACUUGAAGGCGGAGUUGGCAUCCCCCGCACCCUCUGGUUUGGUAGAGAGUCAGUGUAUCAUGCUCUUGUUCUCGAACACCUUGGGCCAUCGCUCCACCAACUCUUCCUCGUGAACAAUUGA